UUUUCAUCACUGAACCAAAAAAUAACAAACAAAAAAAAAGUUGAACGGGCCAGACCUGAAUCCCUAAAUCCCCAAUCUGAGCAAUCUCUUUUGACAUAGUGAUUUGGCUUUUCAUUUUUAUUGAUAUGGUGAUGGACAUGGGAGUGGAGUCGCUGUCGUCGCUGCCGCUGGGGUUCAGAUUCCGGCCGACGGAUGAGGAGCUUAUCGAUUUUUAUCUGAGGUCCAAGAUUAAUGGGCAUGAUAAGCAAGUCAGCGUUAUCCGGGAGAUUGAUGUUUGCAAAUGGGAGCCUUGGGAUUUACCUGAUUUAUCGGUGAUACAAACUCAGGAUCCGGAGUGGUUCUUCUUCUGCCCGCAGGACAAGAAGUACCCGAAUGGGUUCAGGUUGAACAGGGCUACAAGUGCAGGGUACUGGAAGGCUACUGGUAAGGAUCGUAGAAUCAAGUCUGGAGUGAACUUGGUUGGAAUGAAGAAGACACUGGUCUUCCAUACCGGGCGUGCUCCCAAGGGUAAGAGGACUAAUUGGGUUAUGCACGAGUACCGUGCUACGCAGCAGGAGCUUGAUGGCAGUAAUCCUGGCCAGAGUCCAUUUGUCCUUUGUCGCCUGUUUAAAAAACAUGAUGAGAGUAUUGAAAUUUCAAACUGUGAUGAAACUGAACCAGCUGUGUCCUCACCUAGUGUUGCAAAAUCUCCUCUUGAAGACACGCAGUCUGCUCAAUCACUGGUUCCACCAUCACCAUCGCCAUCACCAUCAUGCCAAAUGCAACCUGAAAGGCUUCCUACUAGAGUAGAAUGUACUAUUACCGAUAAUUGUUAUGGGAUGGCAUCAGACCCUCUACCAAUUAGUGAGUGCCCCAGCAACAGCUGCAAUGAUUAUGAUGGACCUGGUCAACUGGAUCUGCCACUCGAGGAAUAUUUAAACAGAUUUUAUGAACCCCAGGAUGAGCCACUAUUUUCCCCCUUGCACUCACAGAUGGAUCUGGAGCAUUGUUACACUGACAGCAAUGGCUUAAGCAAUGAUCAUAAAGGGUUGCAGUUUCCAAAUGACAGCAAUGAGCAAGAUGCAGAAAUAUCUGAGUUCCUGAGCACAAUAUUCAACAGUUCGGAGGAGUGCUCAUUUGAAGAUUUGGAUCAGAUAAGUUCUGCAAUUGAAAGUGAGACUAAGAAUGUUGUCCCCAUUAAGAACUACGGAUCAUGCAAUAAUACAGGCGCAAAACUGAAUGAAUUACUGUACAUGGCUGAGGUUCAAACCCCUGUUUGGUCGGAGGGUGAUAUCGACAGAAAGGGUCGCAUGCAGAUUGCAACUGCCCCACAAAAUUAUGAAGUAUCCUCAAAGGUCGAGGUAUCAAGUAAUCAUCCAAAUGUACUUAGUUCUGAUUCUGGCACUGGAAUUAGGUUUAUGACUCGCCAAACACCCCCUACUAGCACCUUGAGACAGAGUAUUAUGACACAGGGUGAAGCACCAAGAAGAAUAAUGUAUCAAAGUAAACUUCAAAUAGGAUCAAUUCAGUGCAGGAAUAUGUCUAAAGACAUGCAUUAUACACCAGAAGACUAUGAAAGAAAACUAAUUACUGUGGAGGAGACAAGAGAUUCAGAAAAAAAAACUAGUUAUGAUGCUGCUUGCGUUGCUGGUAAUGCUUUGGAUGAACCCCUGGAGACGCUCAUAGUUGAGUCAAGUAGCCAGACUAUUUCCGCAACACCAAAUAUCACAUCAAUGGGCAGCAUUUUGAUAGGCAAAACGGUCCCUUCUGUUGUCUUGAAGGCCUCUCCUGCUGGCCACUCUAUUUGGUCAUUUGCCUUAAUGUUUAGACUUGUUGUUGGUGCAUUUUUGUUCAUAGUAUUUGCUAGCAUGUGGGGAUUUCAUAAGUUUUGAAGCUGGUGGAAGACCUUCGUGCAUAUGGCCGAAGACCCCUAAAUUUUUGAGAGCGGUGUUUUGCUAGGCUUAUAGGGUUAGUAUCUUUACUUACAGACCGAGUUUAUGUUCAGCAGCUAAUUAUUUUGAGUUCUUUUGUUCCAUAAAUAAAUUCAUGAACUUCAGUA